AUUCCCCACAGGCAGAGUUGUUGCGGUGAACAAGUACGUUGCACUACUUGCACAUAAAUCUAGUAACUAAAAGUGAUCAACACAAUGGCUGGAAAACCAGUUACCAGAUGGUGAAAUUAAAGUGAUCUGAACAUAUUACUAGGGAAGGCUCCUACAAUUCAAAAUCUCAACAGAAGUAUGUUUGAAAAUGGGGAAACGGAAGCACCAGCCUGCAGUACACCAACAAGAGCAAUGCGAUGUUUGGCUGAGUACAGCACAGAAAAAAGAACAAACACCUGCAGCAAAGAGACAGAGAGUGUUCAGACCGAUGACAAACAUCGCUGAUGUUGUUUUAUCAUCUCAACCAAUCAAAGUUGGGACCAAGCAAACGGACAUCAAGAACUUCUUUGCACCGAAAUCAGCUGGUCAAGAGAAUGUUGCUCCUAAGGCUUCAUCAUCAUCUCAAAGUAUCACCAAACAGACCAAUAUACCUAAGAAUAAAAGGACAGAACCCCCUCAUCAUCAAGCAGGAGGACCCUCAGGAUCUCUCAGGAGUCACAAGGGUGAAGAGGGCAAAUCUCCAAGUGCAAUAUCUAGCAUUCAUUCUUCAAACCGUGUGGAUAUUAAUGAAACCCAUUUGAUUUCGAGAGCGGAUAAAAGUGGUACAAAUGAAACGACUCUCCUUCACGAUACCCAAGACUCUGAUAUGCCUUCUCCACAAGAUAUAAAUACUGAUGAAUUGUUUCAAAUUUCUCAUGAUAGUCGUACAGUGUCCAGCGAGGAUGAGGAAACAGAAGAUGUCACUUUUACAAUGGGAACUCAGGGUUGCUUGAAGGUGAAAGAGCCAAAGACAAGAGGACAUGUUGACUACACUGCUCUUGAUACGCAAGAAUGCUCGAAGACUGUUGUGGAACACUCUGACCAUGUGGAUCUGGUGUCCACCAACCCUCUUGAAGAUUCUGAUUCAUCACAUUCCAUGAAGGAUGUGAACUUCUUAUGUAACAAUGGCUUUCAAAGGUAUCAGGAUGUUCCUAAAUGUGAAUUUGUUCGUGGUGACUUGGAGGAAAGGGAAGGGUCAGAAGAUGUCACUUUUACCAUGGGGUCUCAAGGAUGCUUGAAAGUCAAGCAAUCAAGGACAAAAAGACAUAUUGGUCAUGAUAUCAAUACUACCCAAGAGUGCUUCACUGCUGCUAUGACCAAUUCGGAACUGUCUCCCAACUUACUGGAUGACACUCCGAACUCGCUAUAUCCCAAGAGUAUUCAGAAAACAUUAACAGUUGCUGAAAAUACUUCAUCACUUCUUACUGAAUCUAGAAACAUAGUAACAAAAGAUCUCAAACCUGCUAUGGAUACCCAGGUUUGUUUAGAAUGGAUACAAUCCAAGCGGAACAUAGGCGUUGGUCGUGAUGAUACUCUUGAUUCAGAAGAUCAUAAGAGUCAAAGAUUAGAUAUAAUGCUAUCAGAAGAUUUAGCUUUCACUGUGGGUUCACAAGGUUGUCUGAAAGUGAGAGAUCGUAAUGGCCAUAGGUCCAAUAGUUCUACACCAGAGAAUUCAAUGCCAGACACUGAUUUCACAGUGGGUUCUAAAGGCCACCUGAGAGUCAGAGAUAGCCAGAAUUCAGACAUUACACCAUCACAGGAUUCAUCCCAAGAGGUGGAAUUCACCAUAGGCUCUCAAGGAUGUCAAAAGGUCAGAGGUCACAGGAACGAAAGGUCAGUUAUUAUGCCUUCAGAAAACUUGUCAGAAGAUGUACUUGUAGGUUUCAAAGUGGGUUCACAAGGUUGUCCAAAGGUCAGGAAUGAGAAAGGUAAUAGGUCAUAUAUAUUGUCUAAGGACUCAUCAGAGGAUGUCGCUUUCACAUCAAGUUCAGAAGGUCAACAAGUCAAGGGUAAGAAGGAUCAAGGCUCAGAUAUAUUUUCCGAGGACUCGUCACAUGAAUUGGCUUUCACAAUGGGUUCCCAAGGUUGUCUCAAAGUCAGAGCUAGUAAAGGUCAUUUGUCAAAUACCACAGUAUCAGAGGACUCAGAAGAUAUUUCUUUGUCAAUGGUAUCACAAGGUAGUCUAAAAGACAUGGGCAGCAAAGGUCAUAGGUCAAUAAUAUCGUCUGAGGAAUCACAGGAAGAGGUAAAUUUCACAAUGGGUACUCAGGGUUGUCUAAGGGUGCGAGAAAGUAAGAGUCAUAUUCAUAGGCCAAUAAUCGCAAAUGACUCAUCAAAAGAACUGUUUUUUACAAUUACUUCACAAGGUCAAAAGGUCAGGGAUAACAAGGGUCAUAGCUUAAAUAUAUCGACUGAGGACUCGUCAGAAGACUCUGCUUUUACUAUGGGUUCACAAGAUGUCAAAGAUACUAAAGGCCAUAGGUUAGAUACACGUAUGUCACCAGAGGACUCAUCAGAAGAGGUGGCUUUCACAAUGGAUUCUCAGGGUUGUCUAAAGGUCAGAGAUAGCAGGGGUCAUAGGUCAAAGGUUGUGACCUCUUACAAGCAAUUACCAUUGAAUGAUUCUUUGGAUCAUAUCACAAGGGAGGUAGGGGAUGAUGGAAACGAGAGUGAAGAUGAUGAGUUUUCACAAACGCAAGACUGGUGAACAAAAGCACCCCACCAACAGUCACAGCUGUGUCUUUCCUGCAGGAAUCUAGCAAGCACCUUUUCAUUGCUAAUCAUAUUUCAUCAGAGAAGACAAUGGUAAUGGGGAAUGUAGGAAUGUUGCGGCGAAAGAUGCUUUGUGACUUUAGAGUAGGAUUCAUGCUCAAACAUGUGGCACAGAGUUGGUAAAGUGAAUAUGUGAGUGCUGAAUGAAUAAGAGACUCUAUUGCAAUCCUCAGGCAUUGAUGUAAUAUUCAAAUGCAUAUGCGGUACUUUUUAUGGGUCUAAACAACAUUUGACAUUUUUAUUUUUAAUGCAUGUUUACUGCCAUACUGGAAGAAAGUUGUGAUUUUUUUAAUAGAAAAUGAGCGGAUACAAAGAUUUUACGUUUUGAAAAUCAUUAAACAUACAACUUAGACACAUACCUUAUUAUAAGUUCUGUUGAAGAAGCAACGUUUGAAACUAAACAAUUCUAAAUGGAUUUUAGAAAUAAAUGUCACCUCUUUAAAUUGUAAAACCCAUUUUGAUACUGCCACAUCAUUGAUAAGCAUGCUUAAACCUUAGUUUAUUAAGAAUUAUGUUAUAAAUGUACAUGGUGUUUUAAUAAUAAUCAUAAGUAGGAGAUCCAACUUUCAAGAAUGUUUGUGAGAAAAUAGCCCAGUUAAGAAAAUACUAUAUUCAUAUCACUUGAAAUUGUGAUUUAUAAGCAUUCCAAAUUCUUAAGAUACACAUGUACCUGAAUUCGGAUUCUGUGACCAGGCAUGACACAAUUGUUCUAUAGGUGGUGCACUUCACUGCACAUUGAAUAGAGAAGUUGUGAGAAUGUGCCUGUGAACAACAAACACAUGAGUUUGUAUUUGCAUUUGCUUAAAUUCCAAAAUUACAUGUACUUAAAAAAGAAGUUGUUUUAUGCAGGGAUACCAUACUGCCAGAAAUUCAGGACUUUCCAGAAAAAGGGCAAGUUGCAAGCCCCAGAAAAAAAAUUGGUAGCAAACUAGAAUGCUUAACAUUCAUAUACAUGUUAUUAAACUCUGUUUAAUAUCCUAUUCAGUUUGCUCAAUAUUUUCAAAGCAGAAACUUCUCACAGAAAUGAAAACAGAUCAUGAGACAAAGAGUAUGAUUUUUUUCUUCUAUUUUCACUGGGUACACCAUUUUGAGUACAUGAAAGUGAACCAAGUGCUACAGUAUAUUGCUCAUUAUUGUCAAAUCAGUGGCUUGUAGUGAAAGCUUACAUAUUCCUAGAAGCUAGUUUCCUGUCCAAUGCUAAAAGAAAGUACCUUUAAGAGAUGGGAUUUUUGUUGUCACUAAUUUUUCUCUUUCUCAGGAAAAGACAUACAGUUGGCUUUCCAAUCUUUCUGAUACACCCCUUGUAAGUCUACCUUACAGAAAUUGUGUGUCUUUGACUCUUUGUGAAUUGUGAUAAUGUUUGCUGUUACAUAUGAAAACAUGAAAUCAAUAUAAAUUGGUCCCAUAUGUGUCAGCUUACACUUGUGUCCAAACAUAUACUAUCAAUGCCAACCUUCUAAAUAUUUGAACUCAGUAAAUUAAGUGCAACAAUUUAGUUGCUUCAAACAGUAGCCUUGAAAAUAAAGUAUACAGAUACUAAUGACAAAAUCCUUAAUCUUAUACAAUAAACGCAUAAUUGCAGACAUUGAAAAUAAUUCGACUAUAUCAAUUUAGUGAACACUUUGCGAGAGUGAUCACGAAUUUCCUAGAAAGCUAGUGAACACUUUUUUGCGAGAGUGAUCACGAAUUUCCUUGUUGACCAUAGUAGAUCGCGAGACAAAUGAAUACCCUCUAGCGAUUAGAUCAAUAUCUUUUUGUUAAAUUUGUUUUUUUUUAAUGAAUUUUUAGAUUGUAAAUUUUGUCUUCACCUUUUGUUUUUUAUGCUUUUGAACCUAAUAUCAUCUCAGGCCAAACAUUCAAGACAUAUUUAUAUGAUAUUUUGUUGGAAUUGAAGAGAAAAUUAUUAAUUAUUUAUA